AUGCCGUUCCUGCGCCGGAUGUAUUGGGCAUUAUGCGUUAUCACUGGCCCACGCGGGGUAGGAUGGAAUUGCCAGAUCGCAAACGUACCUCCUCGUCCUAGCGAACCACGCUGGUCGUUCGUGCGCCAGCAGCUGCUGUACGCACUCAGAUGGUACCUGCCCGUCGACCUCGCACAGACCUACCAGCGCUCCAAUCCUUCGUUCUCCCAUCAUGACGCCGGCCUGUUCUCCUUGAGCUCCCAAGGCUACAUUCAGCGAUGUGUGAACAUCGUCGCGUGGUUCUCCCCAGCGUAUGGGAUGAUCGACAUGCCCUAUCGUCUAUUCUCCGCGGUGUCUGUCGCCACUGCCUGGUCAAUGCCCAGGGACUGGCCUGCCAUGUACGGAGAGUGGGCCGACGCUUACACGCUGCGGUGGUUCUGGGGGCGCACCUACCAUCAGUCGCUACGCCGUUACGCCGCGUCGAUGGGCAAGGCGUGCUGCCGCCUGCUGGGACUACGCCAGGGAUCCUGGGCGUCGUCUUACACGCAGCUGUAUGUCGGCUUCGCGGUGUCAGGCCUGAUACACUGCGGUGGCGACAUCAUGGUUAGCCCAAAGCUGUUCGGCGUGUCGUUCCCGUUCUUCAUCGCCCAGGCCGUGGCCAUCUCGCUCGAGGAUGCGGUCAUUGGCGUAGCGAAGCGCACCGGUAUGCAGGCGCAGUGCCCGGAUAGCCUAGCGCACGCGCUUGAAUAUGUGUGGGUGUUCGUGUGGUUGAGCGUAUCGACACCGUGGUGGAUGCGUACGAGGAUGGUUGACACGAGUCGGACGGUUUUCUCGCUGGUGACGAUGUUUGCCCCGACUAUCACGCCUGGCGCGGCGCGGUUCCUGUUCCUGUCCUUGAUGGCACUUUCUGCAAAGGUUUGA